AUGGAACAACAGAUUGAGAGGAAAGAUAAGAGGUUUGCAGAAAUAAGAGAUGAGAUGAGGACUCGGUCUUCAAAGCUUGAAUCCCAGUUGGAGCAAAUCACUAGUCUCCUCAGUCAAAGAGCACUAGGAGCACUACCAUCCCAACCAGAACCGAAUCCAAGGGAACAAGCUAAGCAUGCCCUUGCAUCACCCUGCACUCCCAUGCUGACUGAAAAAGAACGGUCAUGCUUUGAACAGCAUGCCCACGCAGACAAUGAAGGCACGGCCGUGCUAGUACCAAGCAAGGUCGUGCUAACAGAAGACACGGCCAUGCUAGAUGAUGAGCAAGGCCAUGCUUGCCACUCAGAUACGAAAAAGGAAAUAAGGGAAGAUGCAUCAGUGAUACCAAGGAUGAAAGUUCCAUUUCCACAAUGGUUGAUGAGUAACCAGAGAGACUCUCAGUUCAAUAAGUUUCUUGGGAUCCUCAGAAAGCUCCACACCAAUAUCCCUUUUGUUGAAGCCAUCUCACAGAUGCCUAAAUAUGCUAAAUUCCUCAAGGAGAUGCUAAGCAACAAGAAGAAAUUGGAAGAAUUUUAG